UGUUGUCGGGCCACGGGAGGCGGACGCAGCCCCCCCGGCGGAUGAACUAAAACGUUAACUUAAAACAGAGAAGAAGAAGAAGAAGAAGAAGAAGAACCUGCCGUCGGUGAUUUGAUUUAAAACGCCCAACAUGGUCCAGCAGACGACGUGCGGACAGCGGGCGAGUAUCGCCUCCUCCCGUGACGCCGCCGAUUCCGAGGAGCUGGCGGCGGCGUGCAGCCCGGCCCCGGGGCCCCGCGGACCGGACUGGUGUCAGACGGCCACCGGCCACAUCAAAAGACCCAUGAACGCCUUCAUGGUGUGGUCCAAGAUCGAGCGCAGGAAGAUCAUGGAGCAGAGCCCGGACAUGCACAACGCCGAGAUCUCCAAGCGGCUCGGGAAAAGGUGGAAAAUGCUGAACGACGGCGAGAAGAUCCCGUUCAUCCGGGAGGCGGAGCGGCUCCGGCUCAAGCACAUGGCCGACUACCCGGACUACAAGUACCGGCCCAAGAAGAAACCCAAACUGGACGGCGCCCCGAAACCGGCGGCGCCGUCCCCGGAGAAAAGCGGAGGGAAACCGGCGAAAAUUCCCAACAGAAAAUUCCCCAAGCUGAAAAGUAACAAGGCGGCGGCGGCGACCGGCGGCGGCGGAGCUCCGCGGGAGCCCCGGUACCAGUUCGUCCUGGGCAGCUUUCAGACGAAACCAAAGUCCGUUAAGCGGGAAUACACCGACGACGAGGACGACGACGAAGACGACGACGAAGAGGAGUACGACGAAGAGCCGCUCUCCUCGCGGAUUAAAACGCGGGAGGAAGAGGAGGCGGCGCCGUACCACGUCGCCAAGGUGCCCGCGAGCCCGACGCUGAGCUCCGUGGCCGAACCGGAAGGCACGAGCAUGUACGAGGAGUCCCGGUGGAGAAACGGAAGCUCCGGAAGGCUCGUGCACAACUUGAAAAACCUCAGCAAGCAGAGCCCCGCUCCUCUCUCGCCAACGUCCUCCUUCAGGUCCGUCUCCACCUCCUCCUCCGGUGACGACGCGGAGGACUUGCUGCUGGAUUUAAGCGUCAACCUGGCGGCCGGAGGCCACGCCGCCGACCCGGGCGGCGGCGGCGUGGCCUCCGGCUCAGGGACGCUGUCUCUGUCCUGGUUGGACAAAGACCUGGACUCCUUCAGCGAGGCCUCCCUCGGCUCCCACUUUGAGUUCCCGGACUACUGUACACCCGAACUGAGCGAGAUGAUCGCAGGGGACUGGCUGGAAGCCAACUUCUCCGACCUGGUCUUCACCUACUGACCCGGGCCGGAGUCACCCGGAGUCCGGUCCGCCGCCGCGUGCAUGCAGGGAGAGAGAUGUACUGAACCCGUCUUGGUUGCAUUGUGGUACUUCUUUUUAUUUUGCCAAAAAACAAACAAACAAACAAAAACGAGCUUAAUAAAAUGCGCACAGGGUUUUAUGGAUUUCUUUUGUUGCUUGGGUCUACAACGGGCGGCUCAGGAACACCGAACCAGAACCUGGACUAUGCACCCCCGUCCCGCUGUGAACUGGACCCAGACAAGACGAAUUAACACUGUUCAGGAUUUAACUUUUUUCCCCAGCAGAAAAGACCAGGUUCUAUGUGGUUUUAUUUUUCCGUAUUUAACGCGAAUGUUCAUUCAGUUCUCGGUUCCGGUUCCGUCCCGGUGUGGGGAUGUUCAAACAAAAGCAGGUUUAACCAGUACGACCACAGGUAUGGCAGGAAGCGUUUUGAUAUAUAACCAACAUACCUCAUCUUUUUAACAAAGUACUAUUUUCAGGCAUAUUUUUGUACAGUCAAAGGGAAUGUUGUGUGCUUUUACUGAGGGGUUUUCAGGCACUUCUAACCGGGUUCAAGACCUUUCUCUUUCUGUUAGUGAGCAUGCAGGGUUCAGGCGCGUUCCCCUGCCCUGCUGCUGUUUCAAACCGGGUUCAGACGUUAACAUGGAGCUGACAUGAAGCUAACAUGGAGCUGACAUGAAGCUGACAUGGAGCUAACAUGAAGCUGACAUGAAGCUGACAUGGAGCUAACAUGAAGCUGACGUGAAGCUAACAUGAAGCUGACAUGAAGCUAACAUGGAGCUGACAUGGAGCUGACAUGAAGUUGACAUGGAGCUGACAUGAAGCUGACA